UCCUGCUGGCAAUCAAUUUGCUUUCCGCUGCUAAAUGCGUGCACAUUGUGGGAGGAGCAGCCAAGAGUUCACCAUCACUAGAGACAGAAGGAAACAUAAGAUCAAUGCAAUGUACAACAAACAAGCAAAGCCUCCAGACAAACAAAGUACCACUGGGACAAGCUGGGAUAGCAGGAGUUAUUUGCAGAUUCCAGUAUCUCUGAGAUGGCAAGGUCAUCAAACCGAAAGCAAGAAAUCUUCAAAAUUGACUGGCAAUUACCAGCUGUCUCUUCCUCUGCCUCAGCACAUCAUAUAAGCAGAGAUCUUUUUGUUCUCACAUAUGGUGCACUAGUGGCACAGAUGUGUAAAGAUCAUGAAAAUGAUGAGGAAAUUAACAAAUAUUUGGAUACAAUGGGAUACAGCAUUGGAGUUAGGCUAAUUGAAGACUUUUUGGCCAACUCUGGUAUAAAGAAAUGUCGAAGUUACAGUGAAACAGUGGACAUUAUAGCAAAGGUGGCCUUUAAAAUGUACCUUGGGAUCACCCCUUCUACGAUAGGCGGUAAUGAUGGUGGAAAUGAAUUCUCUCUCAUACUGGAUAAAAAUCCACUUGUAGACUUUGUGGAAGAGCUUCCAUCUGGCAGACCAACACUCAGCUACUGCAACCUCCUCUCUGGGGUAUUGAGAGGAGCUCUGGAAAUGAUUCAUUUACCUGCUGAAGUCACUUUUGUUCAAGACAAACUAAAAGGAGAUGAUGUCACUGAAAUAGGAAUCACAUUCCUCAAAAAGAACGAUGAAAAGAAAUCUAAAAGAAAUAAAUGACCAAACCACAUACAGUAGACCACUGUAGAAUAUACAUUACUUCUGAGGUAUCUAGGACAAUAGUACCCAUUCCAGUAAAAAUAAAGGGGAAAAAGAUUGGGGUGUGAGCAAUAAAAUAUAAUGUAUAGGUAUAUACACUAA